GAAAGAUGGGGACGCGACAAGAAUAACAACGACAAGGUAAAAUAAAUAUGGAGCUCUGACGAGCAAUUGAUAGAGCAAUAUACGAAACAUGGCACGAAAAGGAGGAUCCCUCGAUCAGAACUCUUCCUCUCUUGCAUCUCGUCCUGAACCCCUGCCCUAAGCCUAUGGACCUCAAAAUCCCGCCCUCUCUAUCGCCAGUAACGCUAAUUUAGAGGAUCCCGUUCCAGGCGUCCCGUGGUCAGAGGACCGCGCCAUGAAGCUGGUCGACAUGGUUACGGUUGUACACACUCUGCUGGAGAAGAGCUCGUCGAUACUUUCGAAGUGAAUCCCCUCGAAACUUUUUCUUCCCAGUAUUUGUAUGCAGUAUUGAUAGGCCGAAGCAUAAUUGUUUCUUUAUAAUUCAACACCAUGCCCGUGCCAACAACUGUGAAGUCCAAGAAGCCCCCAGGUGCAGGCCUAAAGGUUGCUAAACCUGCCAGCAAGAAAAAGGAUGAAGAGGAAGGGGUGGAUCAGGGGGAUGGAUGGGACGAGUGGGCCCAAGGAAAAGCUUUGAUUAAGCCCCCAGACCAGCUGGAGCUCACUGAGGAGGAGCUGAAAGAGGAAUUCACUAAGAUCUUGACUGCAAAUAACCCUCAUGCACCUCAGAACAUCGCGCGAUACAGCUUUAAGGAGCGCUCGUACAAGCCCAUCAGUAGUGUGGAUCAGAUGGCAGUUCACUUCGUCCUGGAGGGCAACCUAAUACAUGUUGACUCUGAAGAGGCCCGACGACAGAGGGCCAGACAGGACCAGACAGACGAGAAACCUGCAGCCGAGGCUGAAGCAGAGCCGGACGAGGAGAUCCCAGAGAAUCCCGUAAUCGAGGAGACUUCGGAAAUUGUAGACGCCGCGGCUGCGGAGGACGCAGAAGAAGCAGAGGUGUUGGGAGAGGAGGAGAGGCCUGACAGCGUAGAAGCCCAGAUAGGCAAGAAGGAGCAGAAGGUCACUAACCAGUUCAACUUCAGCGAGCGGGCGUCCCAGACCCUGAACAACCCUCUGAGGGAAAGAAGUUGCCAGACGGAGCCUCCUCCGCGAUGUAACUUCUCCGCUACGGCCAAUCAGUGGGUGAUAUACGAUGCAUACCUGGAAGAGUUGGAGAAGCAAGAGAAAAACAAGGACAAACAGAAAACCUUUUCAGCUAAAAAAGAGGAGGACAAACUGAAGAAGAAUAAGAUGGUCACGGAGACUCAGAGUGAUGAUGUCACGAAGGUGGUAAAAGUGGUCAAGAUCUUUGAACGGAUGGUCAACCAAAACACUUUUGAUGACAUUGCACAAGACUUCAAGUAUUUUGAGGAUGCCUCUGAUGAAUUCAGAGAGCAGGAGGGAACCCUUCUUCCUCUGUGGAAGUUCCAGUAUGACAAAGCAAAAAGGCUCUCUGUUACUGCCCUCUGCUGGAACAAGAGUUACCAGGACCUGUUUGCAGUAGGAAUGGGAUCAUACGACUUCAGUAAGCAGGGGCACGGCAUGCUCCUGCUCUACACCCUGAAGAACUCUACCUGCCCCGAGUUCGUCUAUCCCACCAGCAGCGGCAUCAUGUGCCUCCACAUCCACGACCGCCUGUCUCACCUGGUGGCGGUGGGCUUCUACGACGGCUGCGUCGCCGUCUUCGACCUGAAGGCGGAGGAGGGAGGAGCAGCCCAGCCCGCGUUCAAGAGCACCGCCAAGGCGGGAAAACACACUGACCCUGUCUGGCAGGUACGCUGGCAGAACGACGACAUGGACAACAACCACAACUUCUACUCCAUUUCAUCCGAUGGACGAGUGGUGUCCUGGACCCUGAUCAAGAACGAGCUGGUGUUCAGCGACGUCAUUAAGCUCUCCUUGGAGGGGGCCCUUCCCGAGUGCCUUGAGGUGGUGGAGCAGCCGAGCGUGGCGUGCGGUACCUCCUUUGACUUCCAUCCGAAGAUUGACUUUCUUUUCUUGGUCGGUACUGAGGAAGGGAAAAUCCACAAGUGCUCCAAGGCCUACUCCAGCCAGUUCCUGGAGACCUACCAGGCCCACAACAUGGCGGUGGACGCCGUCAAGUGGAACCAGUUCCACCCCAAGGUGUUCUUGUCCUGCAGCUCCGACUGGACCGUCAAGAUCUGGGACCAUACCAUCAGGACUCCCAUGUUCACCUUUGACCUCAACUCAGCAGUUGGAGAUGUUGCCUGGUCUCCUUACUCCUCAACGGUCUUUGCAGCUGUGACCACUGAUGGCAAGGUUCAUGUCUUCGACCUGAGCAUUAACAAGUAUGAAGCCAUCUGCCAGCAGCCCGUGGUGGCCAAGAAGAAGACCAAGCUUACACACAUCGAGUUCAACCCCAUCCAUCCAAUCAUCGUAGUGGGAGACGACCGGGGCUACGUCACCUGCUUCAAGCUCUCGCCAAACCUCCGCAAGAAACCCAAGGAGAAGAAGGGUCAAGAGGUGCCCAAGGGUCCAGAAGUGGAGGAGGCCAAGAUGGAGAAGCUGCUGAGUCUGCUGCGGGAGCCAGAUUACAACUCAGUUUAGAACCAGGACCACCCGGCACCACCCAGGACCACCAGGAUUACAGUCUAGAGUCCCAUGGGAGAGGCCACUCGUUGCCCAAGAAGGGAUCAAUAACAAAGUGUUCCAAAGAAAAGAGAAAGAAAGACAAGAUUUGGAAAAGGGAGCAAAGAAUAUAUUUAUUAAAAAAUGGUAUUGUUCAUUUAUCAUC